AAACCCCCUCUCGGUGUGUUGGGUUGGGUUGUGUGUUGUGUUGUGGGAUGCCAAACGUCCUGGAGUGACGGUGGGCUGUGGAGCGGGGGUGGGAGUGUGACGAGUGUGUGAACUCUGUGUGUGUAUGUGUGUGUGUGUGACAGAAUUCCUCCUCCUCUGAGCGUGUGCAGAUGGUGAAGAAGACGGAGACGAACAGAAGAGCUCCAACAACUGGAGUCUGCAGAACCACAAACAGAGACUGAAAGGAAAACCUGCUGAACUCAAACUCAGAGACUUCCACUCUUCUCUGAUUCCGUGAAACUACAGGACCUCGCUGAUCCAAAAUGGCCGCUGUGAGCCUGCUGCUGAGAUUCUUGGUGGCGUUGCCGGCCGUCUGCGGUGUCAGUCUGGUGGCGGUGAACUCAGGUGUGGAGGUUGUCAGGGGCCGCUCUGUGUUUGUAACGGAGACGGAGCUGAAGAUCAACGUAGAUCCGAGCGCAGACUGUAAAGUGGAGGUGGUGAUGAACGAACCUGUCACUCAGAGGGUGGGGAGGAUGAGUCCACAGGUGUUUGACUGCAGCUUCCUCCAGGACGAGGUGAAGUACAUCCAUAACGGGAGUCCUCAGCUGGACCAGGACUCAGUGAUGCUCAGAGUUUACAGGUUUACAACUUCGGACACGCUGGUGGAGGUUGUGGUUCUGCCAGUCCGGGUGCUGGACUCGAGGUCUAGGGGGUCAGUGGAGCUGGGCACCGUUCCCCUGGUGGUUCCUCAGUUCUAUGGUUUGUCCAACGCCAUCGACAGCUCAGUUCUGAAGAUCCGAACCAGGACCGACACCGUCUGCACCGUCCGGCUGUUGACCUCUGACCUCAACACUCCUGCUCUUGGUCAGCUGGUGAUGGAGGAGGAGUCCGGUCAGAGGAAGGGUCGAGAGACUCUCUGUCCCGGAAACAAACCCUGUCUCCACGACACCAAACGGGUCCAGUUCCUCAAAACCAGCUGCCAGGACUUCCUGAACUCUGGUCUGAAGUACCAGCACCUGAGUCCUCCAUCGCCGGAGAUCGACUACAUCCCCAUCAGAGUAGAGCUGAGGGACCAGGCUACCAGGGCGCUGCUGGAGACGGAAGCGGUGUGGUUACCGGUUCUGAUCCACGGGGCCAUGCAGAAUCAGCCUCCGCAGGCCGCCUUCAUGGCCUCCUUCAUCCUGGAGGUGGACCAGUUCAUCCUGACGCCGCUCACCACCGCCACGCUGGACGCCAAAGACCACGAGACGCCGCAGGACAGGCUGGUUUUCAAUGUGACCGCCCCGCCCCAGUAUGGCUACGUCACCCACCUGGACGACCACACCAAACCUGUCACGUCCUUCACGUGGUCGGACCUGCACGAGAUGAAAGUGGCCUACCAGCCGCCCAACAGCAGCCAAUCACAGCGCAGGAACUUCGAGGUGGAGUUUCAGGCUAUAGAUGGUUCCUAUGUGACCAGUCCACCCAUCAUGGUCCACAUCUCCAUCAGAGCGGCUGAAACCAACGCCCCCAGAGUCUCCUGGAACAUGGGUCUGGACCUGCUGGAGGGUCAGUCCAGACCCAUCACAUGGGAGGAGCUGCAGAUAGUCGACAACGACAACAUCGACGCCGUUUACCUGGUGGCAGUGGACGGACCUCUGCAUGGACGCCUGAGUGUCAGAGGUGGGAAGGCCUUCAUGUUCCGCGUUCGAGACCUGAGGGAGGGCGUGGUCGUCUACCAUCACUCCGACAGCGACACCACGCGCGACCACAUCGUCUUCCGCAUCAGCGACGGCCGUCACAAUAUUCGCCACAAGUUCCCCAUCAACAUCCUGCCCAAAGACGACUCACCGCCGUUCCUCAUCAACAACGUGGCGGUGGAGGUCCAGGAGGGCGGGGCCGUUCGGCUGGAGGAGUACAUGCUGAUGGCGUCCGAUCUGGACUCCAGCGACGACUACAUCCUCUUCCAGGUGGUGUCACCUCCCCGAGUGGGUCAACUGGUCCGGAAGAGCUCCGCCUACGACGCAGGAGUUUCAGUGGACAGUUUCCUGCAGAGAGACCUGAUCCAGGGUCAGAUCUUCUACCAGCACUCAGGAGAUGAACGCUUCGAGGACGCCUUUGACUUCACGCUGUCCGACAGCCACGAGCCGCCAAACCUCUCCCAAACAUAUACGGUGGUGGUCCAUGUUUUCCCGGUUAAAGACCAGCUGCCGGUGGAAGUUUCCGGCAGCGUUCGCUCUCUAACGGUGAAGGAGACCGAGGUGGUUUAUGUCACCCACGCUCAUCUGCACUUCGUGGACAGAGAGCAUCCAGACGCCGACCUGACCUACGUCAUCACCCAGCCCUGCUUCAGCCCAGUGCAUCCUGGGCUCAUGGAUGCAGGACGACUGUUUUACACAGACACCACCAACGCCAUGAAGAAAGACCACAUGGUCCCGGUCCUGAAGUCCUUCACACAGCAUGCAGUGAACCACAUGAAAGUGGCCUUCAUGCCCCCGGUGGAGGACAUCGGCCCCGAUCCACUCUUCAUCCAGUUCGUCUUCUCCGUCAGCGACCACCACGGGGGCACUGUCUCAGAUCUGGUCUUCAACAUCACCGUCACCCCCGUGGACGACCAGACGCCAGAGAUGUUCACCAACCUGCUGAGGGUGGAGGAGGGCGGAGGGGCCUUUGUGACCGAGGAACACCUCCUGGUUCGGGACCGGGACAGCCUAGAGGAGGCGCUGAGGGUGGAGGUCCAGAAGACGGCGCUCCACGGCCGGUUGGAGCUGCAGGGCCAGACUCUGCUGCAGGGAGACGGAUUCACCCUGCAGGACCUGAGAGGACUCCGGGUCCGGUACAUCCAUGAUGACUCGGAGACGACGGAGGAUGAGGUCAGUCUGAGGGUGACAGACGGUGUGAACGCCGCUGACGUCGUCCUGCCGAUCCAGAUUCUCCCGAUGAACGACGAGCCUCCUCAGCUGGGUGGGGGUCUGCGGGGGGAGCUGAGCUGUGAGGAGGGGGGGCGGGUCCAGGUGACGGUGGACUACCUGUCGGCCACGGACCGGGACAGCGACGACUCCAGGCUCACCUACAUGUUGGCCCGAACUCCCGGUUGGGGGGAGCUGCAGAGGGCGGGGCUUCCCGUAGAUAAGUUCUCCCAGCAGGACCUGCUGCAGGGCCACAUCUACUACGCCCAUACAGGUGGAGAGAUCGGCCCUCAGCCGGUGUUCGAUACAGUCACCCUCAUCAUCUCUGACGGGGAGGCUGGAGGGACGGACAGCUGUUGCCAUGGAGAUGCCCCGCCUCCACCUGUACCGCUGCACGGCACACUUCCUGUGUAUGACCUCAACAUCACUGUUCUUCCUGUCAACAACAAAGUCCCUGCAGUCACUUUGGGUGAAUCCAUGUUGGUGGUGGAAGAGGGCUCCUUCGCCUGUCUUUGUGGGGGGGUCCUGGGGGCCUCUGACCCCGACAGCCCCCCCAACCAGCUGACCUUUUACCUUGACACCCCGCCUCUGCACGGCUUCCUGGAGAACACGCUGCCAACACCAGGGUCGGAGAAGAGCAACGCCGGCGUCCGAGUAGAAUCCUUCAGCCUCAUCCACCUCACCUCUGGUUACAUCAACUACGUCCAGUCAGAACACAAAGGGGCGGAGCCCACUGUCGACCAGCUGUCAAUCAGCGUGAGUGACGGGCUUUAUCGCUCCGCCCCCGUCCCCCUCUACGUCAUCAUCAGUCCAACCAAUGACGAGAAGCCGUCACUGCUGCUCGCCAACUUCACCGUGAAGGAGGGCGGGAUGCGGGAGCUGACGCCGUCCAUCCUCAACGCUUUUGACCUGGACGCUCCUCCAGAUCUCCUGACUUUCACCGUGUCGGAGCCUCCGGCCCACGGCCGCUUCAUCAACGGCAUCUACGGCACCGAGAUCAGCCGAUACAAGGAGAUGGGAGCCGAUGUGCUGCAGAGGAGCCUCCCCGUCACCUCCUUCACCCUGCAGGAGCUCCGACAAGGCAUGAAGAUCAUGUACAUGCACGAUGACACGGAAACCCUGAAGGACGCCGUGGUGCUGCGGCUGACAGAUGGCGUCCACACAGUCCAGGGGACGGCGCAGGUCACCGUACUGCCGGUCAACGACGAGAAGCCGCGACUCAUCAAGAACGCCGGGCUGGACGUGGACUCUGGUGAGCGUAGGGUGAUCUCCAGCGUCACUCUGGAGGCUGAGGACCUGGACACGCCCACACAUCAGUGUUCUACUUCCUCAACACGGUGCCCGCGCUUCGGCAAACUGCAGUUCAAGACGGCGUCGGGCUGGACCGAGUUGUCGGCCGGUCAGAACUUCACUCAGGACGACGUGGAGAUGAACCGUCUGUGGUACGGCCAUACCGGCCUCCACCAGCGCACCGGGUUCAAAGGUCACGACAGCUUCCGCUUCACCAGUGACCUGGACAAUGAGUCCACCUCGCAGAGCUUCUUCAUCUCAGUCCGCACCGUGCAGAAAGGUGCCAUCACGCUGCUGUCCAAGUCUGUGAGUCUGAUGGAGGGGCAGCGGGUGGUCCUGAGCACCCACGUCCUGCUGGCUUCGGACUCUGCGGGACGCCCCGAGGAGCUGGUCUACACCGUGACGGUCCCGCCGCGUCACGGCCUCGUCCACGCUGUCCAGCGUCAGGGCGUCCCUCUGCUCAGCUUCACCCAGCUGGACGUGGCCGCUCACCUCUGCUACACCCACGACAACAGCCACGACGCCCAGACCGACUCCUUCAGUUUUGUCAUCACCAACGGCGACUCGUCCCGUAGCGGCGUCUUCAACUUCACCAUCGAACACGGCGACCGCAUCCCGCCCACGCUCAGCCUCAACACCGGUCUGCGGCUUCAGGACGGCACCACGGAAACCAUCAGUGGUGUCCAGCUGCAGGUCACUGACCCCGACACCGCCGCCGCCAACCUGACCUACGUCAUCACGCAGCCGCCACGCUAUGGCCACCUCCUGCUGAGGGGGGUCCCACUGUUGCCGCCGCUGACGUUCACCCAGACCGACGUGGACCAUCUGAACCUGGCGUACCGUCACGACCCGACCAGCCCGGCCCAGAUUGACAGGUUCUACUUCCUGCCGACCGACGGGAACAACAGAGGAUACCUGGAGUUUGGACAGCUGAGGGAGGAGCCUGCUGUCUUCAAUAUACAGGUGGAGCGAGUUGACCGGACACCUCCCAGUUUGACCACCAGGCGGAGUCCCAGCACGGUGGUGGAUCUGGGCGGAGGCCGAUAUGGCAUCUUCAUCACCUCCAAACACCUGCAGGCGUCCGACCCCGACAGCCCCACGGACGAGCUGGAGUUCUCCAUCAUCAGACCUCCACACUUCGGAUACCUGGAGAACACUGUGACGGGAGGAUACAUUAAAGGCCGUUUCACCCAGCGCGACCUGGACCAGCGAGCCGUGGUGUUCAUCCUCCCCGUCGACGUGGAGGUGAUGGCUGACAGUUUCCAGUUCCGCCUCACCGACCCAGCAGGAAACAGCCUGCUGCCGGAAAUACUGGAGCUGUCCUGGUCUCGGGUGGAGCUGUCAGCGACCUGCUACAGAACCUGUGAAACAGUCGGGAUGCUGCAGAUCCAGAUCCAACGCAGCGGGAAGAGCCUGGACCCGGCCUACGUUGCCAUACAGGUGGAGGAAGGAUCGGCCAAACCCGGCAGAGAUUUUACUCACAGCACAGCCGGACUUAUCCAGUUUGAUCCAGGUGUGAAUCUGAAAACCUGGAACAUUUACCUGAUUGACGACGGUCUGGAGGAGAACCAUGAGAUGUUCACUGUCUCUCUAAAAAACCCAAGGAACGCUGUCCUGGGUCAGAGGACUUCGGCAAGCGUUGAGAUCAUCGACCCCAGAGGAGGGAGGUGUGACCCUGACGACCUGAGGGUGGAUGAGGAUGACCGAAAGGCCCCUCCCCCUCCUCCUCCUCCUCCCCCUCCCCCUCCUCGGCUGGAUGAAGAUGAGGACCCCAUCACCGACAUCGAGGCGGAGCUUCUGUGGGAGAACCAGCCCCACCCUCCCAGAGGAGACGUCCCAAACCGGCAGCCUUAUGUGGACUACGUAGAGCCCCAGGACCAGGCCGCCUCCAGCUACAGCCAGGUCCAGUACUACAGCAGACCAGGACCAGGGAGAGGAGCUGGGAGCACUGGGAGCACUGGACGCAGAUCUGGAGGACUGAGGGUUCAUCUCUCAGCAGAGCGGAGGCCGGAGGAGAAGACGUGGACGUUCCACAGUCUGACUCCUCUCCGCCUUGGGGAGUUGAAGGCCGCCGAAGCAGGGUGGAGCUGGUCGCCUCGUGGUCGCCUCCUGCAGGAGCUCGGAGUUGGUGAUGCUCCUCAGAUGGAUGGUCCAACUGUCGGACGGCGAUCGGAGCUUCAACAGCGUAAGACGGGGAAGUUGGUCAGCAGCUCAUGUCCUGACGGUUGGACUCACUACAGGAGACGCUGUUACAUGGUCAGCUUGUCUGUGGCCACUGGGGGCAGCGCUGAGCGGAGCUGCUCCACACUGUUCAACAGCAGUCUGACCAGUGUGCGCUCCAGACGAGACAUGAACUGGCUGUGGAAGUUUGCAGGAAAGAAGCCAUUUUGGAUCGGUCUGUCUGGGGGUCCGGGCCGUUGGACGUGGGCUGACGGUCAGUCCCUGUCCUUCUCCAGACUGAGGGGGGUGCCGUCGGGCCGUGGUGACGCCGACGCGGGCUCAGACUGCGUUCUGGUGGAAAAUCCCAGAAGCUGGAUCUCCACAAGCUGCUCGUCUGAAACUCAACACACGUUCAUCUGUUCAUCACUGGCUCACACUCACUGACAGAUGCCCAGCAUAUUUUCAGCCAAUGGGAACGCUGCCUUUACUCAUAUUUAAAGUCAUGUAAUGAUGCUGCUCUGUACAUUAGUUUUCAUAUUUGUGUCAUAAUAAAGAAUGCUGCACCAACUGAAAUGAUG